AUGUUGUAUGCAAUUCUACUUGUUGUAGCUGUGUCCUUACCUACUGGUUUCGCUACUGGUGAAGAGCCAUCCAUCAAACAAGCUCCUCCAGCUGCUCAAAUCAAAUUACAUAUUCCCAAAUAUACAGAGUAUCUGAAUGCUACCGAUAUAAUGGACCAUCGUCGUGGUGAAUAUGAUAUUUACUUCAACUUCACUCAAUAUGACUUGGAUACCUCCAAGACACAAGAGUUUGUGUGGUCGACACUAGAGCAUGUGGACGCUCCAGAGACAACAUUGAUUACUCCUUACCGGAAUAUGACUUGUUUCGCUUUUGCUUCUGACGCCUUUCAAGGGACAGCCGAAUUUACGCUCGCUGAGAAAAGCCCUUGGCUCACAUAUGAUGUCAGAAAACCUGGGGCUGCUAUUUAUUGUAUGGAUCCUGAAUGCCUGGCGGGCGCAUGUAAGGAAGACGAGACACCUGAUAUCGACUCGUUUAUAUAUUGGGAAUCUUCUGAUUUACUAGCGCCUGUUUGA